AUGGACCAAGAACAAUUUAUAAACACCAUAAGAAAUGAUCAACCAUACACUACUUAUAAUAACCAAGAACAACAGCAACAGCAAGAGCAAGGGCAACACAAUGAACAACAACCACAGUCACAGCCGCAAUCACAACCACAACCACAACUCCAGACAGAGCAUCCAAUUGAACCCAUCAAACAACGAAAAACAACAAAAUUCAUCUUAAGUAAAUAUACAAUAUACGAAAUGAAAGAUCGAAUGUACAUAGUUGGUUCCAACAAACGAGAAUCCAUGUUCAGAAUCCUAGAAAUAGAUCUAACAGUGCCACAAUCCGAAUUAAAUGUCUUAGAAGAUAACGUCUUUUUCACAAGAAAUGAAAUCAUGAAUGUACUUUCAGGUCUCGAAGAAGCCAGUCCCGAAGGAUUACAUAAGAGACUCACCGGAUAUGGACUUCUUGGAUUCAUACGAUUCACCUCAUGCUAUUAUCUAGUAGUGAUUACUAAAUGUAGCCAAGUUGCUGUUAUUGGUGGUCAUUUCGUAUCACAUAUCGAUGGAACAGAAUUAAUUCCCAUUUCAAAUAAUUACAAGAAACCAGACAAGGGCUCUGUGGAGGCACGAUUGAUGCAAACUUUCCAAAAUUUGGAUCUUUCAAAAACUUUCUAUUUCAGUUAUACUUAUGACGUUACUAAUACUUUACAAGUUAAUUUAUUGAGAGAGAAAUUCAAAGCUGUUGGGAGGAGUGAUAUUGUGGUGCCCUGUGGGAUCCCUGAUUAUAAUGAAAUGUUCGUAUGGAAUAAUAAUUUGUUGAAACCAAUUCUUUCAUGUAUUGAUUCUGUGUAUGAUUGGUUUCAAUGUAUUAUUCAUGGGUUCAUUGAUCAAGUUAAUGUAUGUCUUAUGGGGAAGAAUAUUUAUAUUACUCUUUUAGCGAGAAGAUCACAUCAUUUUGCUGGGGCAAGGUUUUUGAAAAGAGGUGUGAAUACAGAAGGGUUUGUUGCUAAUGAAGUGGAAACUGAACAGAUCGUAGCAGAUAUGGUAUUGACACCAUUUCAUAAACCAGGAAAUGGAUAUUUUGAUAGUGAUAGAUAUACGUCCUUUGUUCAACAUAGAGGUUCAAUACCACUUUAUUGGACUCAAGAAGUUUCUAAUUUGACAGCUAAACCACCAAUUGAGAUCAAUGUGGUAGACCCAUUUUUUAGUCCUGCUGCAUUACAUUUCGAUAAAUUAUUUCAAAGAUACGGUGGUGGUGUCAUACAAAUACUGAAUUUGAUCAAGACAAAAGAGAAGAAACCUAGAGAAGUUAAACUUUUGAAAGAAUUUGAACAAUGCAUUAAUUAUCUUAAUAGGUUUUUACCCAAAGAGAAGAAAAUGGAAUAUACAUCUUGGGAUAUGAGUAGAGUAUCGAAACAAGAUGGCCAAGGCGUCAUUGAAUUUCUUGAAAUAUACGCCGCUGGAAGUGUUCAGAAAACAGGUAUCUUCCACAAUGGAUCUGAUUUCAAAUCAACUAAAAUCCAAGAGGGUAUCUGCAGGAGUAACUGUAUUGAUUGUCUGGACCGUACAAAUGCUGCUCAAUUUGUCAUAGGGAAGAGAGCAUUAGGUGUUCAACUAAAGGAACUAGGGAUCAUCGAUAAUUCCUAUCUAGAAUAUGAUUCUGAUAUUGUGAAUAUAUUGACCGAAUUAUUUCAUGACCUUGGAGAUACCAUUGCGUUACAAUAUGGCGGAUCUCACUUGGUAAAUACGAUGGAAACAUAUAGAAAGAUUAAUCAAUGGAGUUCACAUUCUAGAGAUAUGAUUGAAAGCAUCAAACGAUUCUAUAGUAAUUCCUUUGUUGAUGCACAGCGACAAGAUGCCACAAAUCUCUUUCUAGGUAAUUAUGUUUGGAAAAAAGGAUACCCAUCAUUGUGGGAAAUGAAUACUGAUUUCUAUUUGCAUAACGAAUAUAUUCAAGAUGGGUUAAAGAGAAGUUAUACUCACUGGUGGAAUAAUUAUCAUAUUAGAAGUAUCCGACAAUUAAUAUAUGACCGAAUCAUACUCCAAAAUAAUGACAUUACAUUUAAUAAAACCGUAAAGUAUGUUCGUGGUUUCCCCGAGGCGUUCGAUAAUUAUUGGAAUGAAUAUUAUAGACCGAGGUGCAUUACAUGGAUUUCAGAUUUGUUUGUAUUCAAUAUGAAUUCUACAAGAAGGUAUCGAUCUGCAACCAAGAACAAUGAAGACCUGUCACCAUUUUCUUCACGAAAACAAAGCGGAUUCAAUAAAAAAUUAAGAGAAAAGACUCAGGAUCCUACGUGUGGUAGUGAUAGAAUAUAUUUGAAAAAAGAAGAAAUGAGUUUGGAUAGCGGAUUCCGAAAAUUGGGUUAUUUAGAUGAGAUACAAUUAUCGCAACAGUAUUUGGGGACUAUUCAGUUAACCAAAGAUAAAAUCGAAGGAAUUUUGGCAUCGUAUACGAAGAACGAAAUUCCAAUAUUUUGUAACGACUCGCUAGAUGAAGAUGCUAACAACAUUCUUACUGAUCAAAGAAAAAAAGAAGUAGAAUCCGUGAAUGUUACAGAAAAUAACGAUUACAGCUUAAAUAAUGAUGAAAUGGAUAUUGAACAUUUUUGCAAGGAUGUCAGUGUGGAUCUUGAUUUUUAUAGGAAAGCUUUUGAUGUAUCGAAUUAUCGUCCUACAGAUGACUAUGAAGGCAGCACAAAGCUAUAUCCUCAUGAUGUGGCGGCUAUUGAAUCGACUGAGGUUAGUAACUUUAUGAUGAAUAACCGGUAUGAAUUUACGUUCUUAUGA